AUGAACUCUAGUAGAAGUAUUGAGGCUGAGCCCAAUUCUUAUUCUACUAUUAGUAAUGAUACUAAAAGAAUGGAUGUUGAUACUUCUGCGCGAUCAAGGUCAAAAGAGGUGAAUUCGAUGUUACCAGAAGUGGGAGCUAAUCUAUGGGGAUCAUUUAAGGAUUUCAUUCGUCAACAGCAACUGAAUCUAACAGUUGAUCAUUCUACUUCAAAUGCCAAUAAUAAUAAUAAUAAAGAAAAAAAUAGAAUUCCAUCUUUUACCCAAUGGAACUUUCCAUUUUCCCUUACUAACGAUACCAAGACGACACCGCCGGUAUUCAGUGGAUUGCAUCAUCGACAUUGUAUAAUGUCCACUACAUUCUAUUAUCCAACUAAAUGCAGUCAAUGUCUUUCAGUAUCUAAAGUAAAAGAAACAGGAAAUAGUGAAAACAAAGAAACAGAUCAUACCGAGGAGGAUAAUACUAACAGAGAGAAAACGAAAUUAUUAGGAAUCCCUUCAAACACUCUAUUGGGAUUUGGAUCACCUGGGUACUGCUGUGUCACUUGCAAUUUCACACUCCACCCAGUAUGCUUUCAGGCGUUGGAUCCUACUAGUUAUGAUCUUUUAACAACAACAAUAACAACAACAACGGAAGAAAAGGAGUCUAUUAAUGAAAAACCCGUUCCUGAAGAGUCAGAUCUCCCAUCAGCGGUACGUUUUCUUUCAGUUUAUGUAUUUAAAGAUCCAAAGGCUGCAAACAUACUGUGUGAAUUUAUGGGUUUACUUCAACGUUUUUCUAACCGUCAUCCUAGCAUUGGACGAUGUUUACUGAACCCGUACAAUAUUGCUUCUAUUAACAAACGUCAUGAAGAAUUGUAUAAACUCUGCUGUGAUGCCCUUGUGGAUGCUAACUUUGUACAAGUAGAGGGAGUGAAUGGUCCAACUAUGCAGUUUAUUCGAUAUACCAUGCGAUUCGCCGCCGCUGUGUAUGGACUUCCAUACCAAAAAGGAUUUCUCAGCUCUGCAUUCUGGGGUGUAUUAUUACGUGGUGUACGCCGUGAUCUUCUUACAGCCUCUGAAGAGGCGAAUAAUGCAGCGGUGGCGGCAACACUUGAUUUACCGGAUGAAUCUGUCAAACUCUCAAGAUGGUCGCAUUAUGCAGAAGAACCGAGUUAUUGUAUUCUCGUUGAUCACCUUACACGACGUAUUGUGUGGGCGUUUAGAGGAACAUUAAGUGAUGGUGAUGUACUUAGUGAUGUAUGUGCGUAUGGAGUACCCUUCUGUGGUUGCUAUGCACAUGCGGGAGCUGUACGAAUGUUGUCGGCAAUGUUUGAUAAUCGUGCUGUGGAAACAUCUGAUGUAGUCUUUUCUCCAAAUAACGAGAGGAAUGAUCAUCAUAAUAGUGACGGUAACAAUGACAGUAACCUCCAAAAUGAGGUGAGUCAUACUAAUGACAAGGAUGAUAGUAAGAAUACUGAUAGGAGUAAGAAAAAUCCUAAUGCCGAUAGAGGGAUUAAUGUAACUCUAGAGUUGUUGCAGAGAUAUCCAGAGUAUGCUUUUAUCGUCACAGGUCAUAGUCUCGGCGGUGGUGUUGCUCUUCUAUUUGGUGUACGUGCGAUAAAAGAACAGGUCUUUGGUGAAGAGGGAACACGACGUUUACGUGUAAUUGCAUUUGCCCCAAUGCCUGUUCUUACUAUGCCAGCAACCGAAUCGUAUGAAGGGCAAAUUUGGUCUAUUGUGAGUGGCUGCGAUGCUGUAUGCCGUCUGCAACUUAAUUCCAUUGACCGUCUAGCUGCACAAAUAACACAUGAUGAUACGCCAACCAGUGAUAUUGUUACUGAAGAAACUAUGAAGGAUGAGAAAAAGGAGAAGAAUAGUAGUAGUCGUCGUUCCUCUAAUGCUGCCUUCUCAUUCCUUAGCUCUUCAUUUGACCAUUUGAGUGCAUACGUGAAGUCAAAAACUCUAAAAACAAAUAAUAACAUACGAUCGAGUGAUGCGGAGGACAUCACAGAAGAAAUGCAUCAUCCAGGACGUGUUUUUAUGCUUACUACACCGUGGAAAUUAGAGACCAACCGCAUUGUAGAGGUGCCACGUGGAAAUAUUGUGAUGCACCAUCUGUUUAUCUCUCAAAACAUGUUCAGGGAACAUAUUAUGGACCGCUACUUGACUUCAUUAGCGGAAGUUCACUUGAGCAAUGAAUAA